CGACUGUCAUCAUUCCUAUCGAGCCCCGCCCCCCGAGGCGAACAGGGACAACGAAUCAAACACACGUUAAAAAGCAAAGGGGCGCGAACGCGACGAGGACAACCUCCUGUCAACUUGUCCUCCGGCUGCUCCGGUUGUGUCUCCGCCGCCCGGCAUGCUCUCUUAGCCCCUUGGCGGCCGUCAAGUAAAGAUGCAGGCGGAGGACAUGGAGGUACCUUUGCUGAAUAACCUGAACGAUAACGGCGACAGGCUGAAGUCGAAAGGGAAAGAGGUGUUCAAGGAUCAGCAGAAGGAGUCGGAGAGCUCCAUGGAGUCUCCCAACUUGGAGUUUGAAUAUGGAGACACGGACACGCUCACGGCUGAACUCUCAGAGCUUUACAGUUACACGGAGGAGCCGGAGUUUGCUUUGAAUAGAGACUACUUUGAAGAGGACUUCAGGAGCCAUGCCCGAGGCCGCAGGUGGAUUGAUCUGAGCGCCGAUGAGCAGCGUGCCUACGUGAUGAGACUCCUGGAUGCUCUGGAGGUGACCGACAGAGACAAGAGACUGAAGGUGGCCCGGGCCAUCCUCUACCUAGCUCAGGGAGUGUUUGACGAGUGUGACGCGGAGGUAGAUGUGCUCCGUUGGUCCAGACACAAUGUCUUCCUAUUGUACGACAUGGGCAUCUUCACGGCGCUGCUGGAGCUUCUCAGCAUGGAGAUAGAUAACAAUCAGGCGUGCAGCAGCGCCGUGAGGAAGCCUGCCAUCUCUCUUGCAGACAGCACAGAGCUCAGGGUGCUGCUGAGUAUCAUGUACCUGAUGGUGGAGACCAUUCGGGUUCACACGGAGGAUGACAGACCGGAGUGGAGAGCAGCCAGGGAGGCUUUCAAGAAUGAGCUCGGUGCGCCUCUGUACAACGGCGAGCCUUUUGCCCUGCUCCUCUUCACCAUGGUGACCAAGUUCUGCAGCAUGAAUGCACCACAUUUCCCCAUGAAGAAAGUUCUGCUGCUCUUAUGGAAGACCAUACUGUUUACCCUGGGGGGUUUCGAGGAACUCCAGGAGAUGAAGGUGCGGGGCCGUGAGCGUCUCAACCUUCCCCCGCUCCCUGAGGACAGCAUCAAGGUGGUGAGGGCCAUGAGGGCGGCCUCACCGCCGGCCUCCGCCAUGGAGCUCAUCGAGCAGCAGCAGCAGCAGAAAAGAGGGCGGCGCAGUCGAAGGAGUGCCUUUGUUGAUAGCUUGGAAGGAGACAGUCCCUUUCCCAAGAAGCAGCCGCUUGUCAAACAGGACAGCUUGGACACAUACAACGAGCGGGACCCCUUCAAGAACGACGAUGCCCGCGAUGAGGAGGAGGACCCUGAGGACGUAGACAGUGGCAUCGAAGGCGAAGUGGACCCCUUGGAUCGCGACGUCAUCAUCCAGCCCCCACCUCCGCCGCCACCUCUCCGACCCCCGACAGAGAGAGUGAAUUUCCCAAAGGGUCUCCCUUGGGCUCCGAAAGUCAGGGAAAAAGAUAUUGAGCACUUCCUGGAGACAAGUCGCAACAAAUUCAUCGGCUUUACUCUGGGAAAUGACACUGAGACCCUUGUUGGCCUACCCAGGCCCAUCCAUGAGAGUGUGAAGACUCUCAAACAGCACAAAUACAUCUCCAUCGCUGAGGUGCAGAUGAAGCGUGAGGAGGAGCGACAACAGUGUCCAUUCAGCCUGGGCGAGGAGGAUGUGGAGGAGACGCCUGCAGAGAUGCUGUACCUGGGGAUGCUUCCAAAUCUCUCCCAAUAUGUGAUUGCCCUCCUCAAGCUGCUGUUGGCUGCAGCACCGACCUCUAAAGCCAAAACAGACUCCAUUAACAUUCUUGCUGAUGUGCUGCCUGAGGAGAUGCCAAUCACCGUCCUCCAGAGCAUGAAGCUGGGGAUUGACGUCAACCGUCACAAAGAAAUCAUCGUCAAGGCCAUAUCGGCGCUGUUGCUGCUGCUCCUCAAACACUUCAAGCUCAACCACAUUUAUCAGUUUGAAAUAGUCUCCCAGCACCUGGUGUUUGCCAACUGUAUCCCACUCAUCCUCAAGUUCUUCAACCAGAACAUCAUGUCUUAUAUCAGUGCCAAAAACAGCAUAUGUGUGUUGGACUUCCCCCACUGUGCUGUCCAUGAGAUGCCUGAGCUCACUGCUGAAAGCCUGGAGGCGGGAGACAGCAACCAGUUCUGUUGGAGAAAUCUGUUCUCCUGCAUUAACCUGCUUCGAACCCUCAACAAGCUGACAAAGUGGAAGCAUUCACGGACGAUGAUGUUGGUGGUUUUCAAGUCAGCCCCCAUCCUGAAGAGAGCGCUCAAGGUCAAGCAGGCCAUGAUGCAACUCUAUGUGCUAAAGCUGCUGAAGAUCCAAACAAAGUACCUGGGACGGCAGUGGAGGAAGAGCAAUAUGAAGACGAUGUCGGCCAUCUACCAGAAGGUCCGCCACCGCCUCAAUGAUGACUGGGCCUACGGGAACGAUAUCGACGCACGACCUUGGGACUUCCAAGCGGAGGAGUGCGCCCUGCGUGAGAGCAUCGAGAAAUUCAACAGCCGGCGGUAUGACAAGAACAAGAACGGCGACUUUGCGCCUGUGGACAACUGCCUGCAGAGUGUGAUGGGCCAGCGCGUGGACCUGCCCGAGGACUUCCAUUACAGCUACGAGAUGUGGCUAGAGAGGGAGGUUUUCUCGCAGCCCAUUGAGUGGGAGGGGCUGCUGCAGGAGCAGUGAUGCGGGGGGGGAUGAACAGGAAAGAUGGCUGCUCCGAGCGCACGCGGAUGAAACCACCAAGAACUGAGGUAGCGGUUGAUUAGAAACAUCUGGCAACCACUUGAACUGCCCCUGCACUCUUCUUAUGCAGUCUCUUUUUAUGCCGUUGGUGCUGCUUUGACUUAUUUCUACAAAAGUAUGUGUUUACCUUUCUCAUACACUUUGUCUUUAUACAUCAUUUUUCCUUACAUUGUAGCGCACAAAGCCUGUUUGUUGGUUGAUUGUGGAAGUUUUUAAUGUUUUGAAGGUUGGAAAAAGCUUUUUGAUUGUCCAAAUGUGAUAGAAGCAUGCACUGUUUAAUUGAAUGUGUUGCCGGAGCAAGACAUCAACUGUAAAUCGAAUUAAUUUUCCAAAUUUUUUGAAAAAUUGAAAGGUGUGGGGGCCACUUUUAUAUGCUUCACAUUUGAAUGAAUCAAACAUUCUAUAAUCAAUACAAUUGUUACUAUUUAGGCACCUAAUUGCCUUUUUUAGGUCGUCAGCAUUCUUGCAAACUUACCAAAUAUUGGUUGCUAAACCUGCUCAUUAGCAGGUUUAGGAGCCAUUUUUCACUCUCUAUUGCAAUAGAAAGAGUGAAAAAUGGCCCUCAGCUGGUCUUUGUACACCUCUUUUUAAAGAUUUGAAAACCAGAAGUGAUGUCAUUUACAUCCAAUACUAAAUCUCCCUGGCAACAACACAGUAGAACCACCUUCAUGAGUGCAAUGAGUGUAUUGUCACCACUAAAGUGUAUUUUUUUUCUACCUGAUUUGCCAAAAAAACAAGCGCUCCGGAGCUCUUACGGGGAAUGGUCUCCACUGAAGCACACAAACAAAAACGGUGGACAAACCAACUCAUUGUUUGCCGCAAGGAGUCAUUCGUUUCUGUAUGUGCAAAUGUAGCAUGGCCACUCUUUUUUUUAUCCUUUAUUUUAUCAUCAUAAGGAGGAAAUGUAUCAGAAUAAGAAUAUAUAGAGUCUCAGGUUUAUGCGGGUAAUUUAUUGCAAAGGCUUUAUUACUUGGCUCAUGAUCUCUCAUACUCUGUCCUGUUGUUAUUUCUGUGCCAAAUAUGACUGCCAUUUUUAUUACUUUCUUUCUAUGGUUUCCAUAAUCAUAUGUUUUAAUGAAAAUGUUAUUUAUUUUCUACUUGAAAAAGAUUUAUGAAAACAGGCAUUGGUUGUCUCUAGUAUUUCCAGUAUGUAUAAGAAACAAUUUGUACAGGGUAAUAUGGAAUUACAGAGCAGUGAGGCUUUAUUCAAUAUAAAGACAUAUACAUAACAUGACAGGUCCUUAUUAAACAAUGUAAAAAAAAUGAUGGUUGGUUGCCUCAUAUUCUGCAAACAUAAAAACAAGAGGGUAUCCUCCUCACACACAAAUAACCUGUUUUGCAUUAAUGGUCUUAUGUGAAAAUAUUACCGUUUUUUGUCAGAAAAUGUGCAUAUUUUUGAUGCAAUAUUCUCUGCAGCGUACAACGGAAUAACUGAAUAUUUUAUUCUUCUACUGUUUUGAUGAGAAGAAAACAUUUUCAUUAAAAAAAAUAUGUCCUUUGAUCGCCGCUUCGGGGGCGGAAGUGCUAAGUGUGAAAUGGAAAGUGUUAAAAUGCCUCAACUAU